AUGGAGCAUCAUCCUCUUGGACCCGAAAUUCCAUCCGGCCCGCCGACCGAGCCGCCGGCACGUACUCCGCUCGAUGGUCGCUACACGGCGCUUAUUCCCCUAGACCCGUCCCACGCGAAAGCACUCUUCAAGCACGUCGGCGGCAAAGAGAACGCACAUUUAUGGACCUACCUAUUUCAAGAGCCGUACCUCGAGUAUGAACCAUUCGAAGCCGACGUCAAGGCAUGGAGCAAGUCCGAAGACCCGCUGUACUUCACCGUGCUAUCGGGUCCACUGUCGGAUCCUUCAGCUGAACCAAUUGGCUUCAUGACGUACAUGUCAAUCGUACCGAGCCACAACCGCAUUGAGAUCGGAUCGAUUUGCUUCAGCGACAAGCUCAAGCGAACACGGCAAGCCACAGAGACCUUUUAUCUUCUCAUGGAGAGGGCAUUCGACAAGAUGAACUACACCCGACUCGAAUGGAAAGCCAACAAUCUCAACAAGCCCAGUUUGUCGGCCGCAGAUCGCCUUGGUUUCGUAUUUGAAGGCGUCUUUAGGAAGCAUAUGGCUAUCAAGAACAGACGGAGAGAUACUGCCUGGUUUAGCAUCACAGAUGAUGAGUGGCCCGUUGUAAAGGGCGGACUUGAGUCUUGGUUAAGCAGCGACAAUUUCGACGAGAACGGCAAUCAACGAAAGACGCUGAAGCAAUGCAGAGAUGAUGUUCGAAACAAAGGGAACUAG